AUGUCUCCGUCCGACAUACCCCGCUCCGGUCUCCGGAAAGGAACGAAAAGCUGCACCGAGUGCAGACGACGGAAAGUUCGCUGCAUUAGGAUUCCUCGAGAAGCGGAUACGUGCCAACAAUGUGAGGAUCGAGGGGUGGCCUGUACUGCACAGGUGUCGAACAGGACACGAUCAUCGCAACCCUCGCGACUCUCAUCACGACUCCGCAUCGCUCAGCUCGAAUCUCAGGUCGCCCAGUUAACAGGAGUUGUAAACAACAUCGAACUCAAGCUGGGCUAUAAACCAUCUCAGAUCCCUAGCGGUAAAAAUGACCAAUUCUCGGGCCCCGACGACUCUGAAGGAGAAAGUAGUGGGUCGGAUAUUCCCAUGGCUGAAAAACCAUCACACCUGCAAUCGCUAUUCCAGAAUGACUGGCUGAGUGCUGAUCCAUGUCAACAUGAGAAUCAGGCGGAGCAACGCUUGGAUAGAAUCUUUGCGCAACUGUCGAUCGAUGUGCGACCCAAACUCCAGAACAUGAUUCCACCAAAGGAUGAAGUUGCGGAUAUUGCGGGAUCCGCUUACGAUUGGUUGACCGUUCUUCAUGCCCUAUUUCCACAACCACUGAUGCUGGAGUCUCCCCAAGAACUACUAAACGGUUACGAGUCAAUGUGUAGUCCCAAUAUAGACGUUAUCAUACUAGCUUCUUGGCUCCUUACGCUUGCCCUUACCGCACAGCAAAUCCAUCCACGGCGGGAAGGUUCCGACGUAUAUCUGAGAAAGUGCCAGAGAAGUCAAGUAGGUCAAGGGAACUUUCAAAAGGCCUGGAUUAAAUUACGCCACAUUAUCGCGAUAGCAGAAUUGAUGGGCUUACCCAAAGUAUUCCAAGCAAUGCGCCUCAACCAGCCUACCUACACGGAUGACACAUCAGUUCACAAAGUCCAGUUAUGGCAAGCAAUCUGUAACAUAGAACGGCUAAAUGGCAUGAUACUAAAUCUUCCCCCGGGGACCGGACGGUAUCAACUUACAACAGCUUCUCCACUUAAUGCCGAUGGCAGCAUCCACCUCACAACCUAUCUCACCAGACUUUUGAACAUUUCUAUCAAGGUUUACGAUUUGGACGAAUUUAGUGCUACACAUGAAUCCAGUAUGAAAAGGCAGAUGGCCGCUCUGGAGAUGGCUCAAGCCCUUGGAGAACUCGCGGGCCAGGCACCAGAUACAUGGUGGGCAGGCGAUGAGCGAGAUCACAUAACACCAGAUGAUAUCGUACAGUUUUUGCAUUGCUGUGUCCUCAUGAGAGUUUAUCUACCAUUGGCGCUGAAGCAGAACCUCGGCGAUGAGCUCGUGUAUGCUCGGCUACCGUGCAUGAAUGCUUGUGAAGCAGUAGCACGCCGGUAUCUAGUACUCCGGAGAAAGCUUCCCGCAGGCUUGUUCAUGUCUCGAAUACUGGAUCUACAGGCCCUUACAGCAGCGUCCGUACUCCUUCUCCUCUCCCACCACGUCCGCUCAACAGACCGUCAUAGCCUUCGUGUCGAUAUAAGCCACCUCCGCGGAGUAGUCUCGGACGUCAUCACUUUAAUUGGCGAAAGGGCGAGAGACCCAACCAAUUCAGAGCUCGCAGUAGAGGCAUAUAACACUCUUCGUGCUUUAGACCAACUCCUUUAUCAAGACGACCGCACUGGCGAGGUUGAAAGAUUAACAGUUACAGUGCCGUUACUGGGGAAGAUACAUGUCCGACGUAACACCCGAUCAGCUCCGCAAUCCAGGGUAACUAACCAGCCGUCGUCUCAGCUAGAGUCAAAUAUGGGUAUUCAAAAGUGGAUUUCUGCAUCACAUCCACUAGAGGGUCAAUCCGGCCUCGGCACGAACGUGCCCGUAAACGAGACUGAUCCAACUCCCGACGAAUGGCGGUUGGCUGACCUUUCCUGGUCAGUUGAAGGCAGCCUUGAUAACCUACUCGAGGAUGUUUUCUUGAACGAAAGCAUUGGGCAGUAUGUAAACAUUUGA